UAUAGCUAUGUACUAGCUAGGGUUAUUGUUGUUGUUAUUAUAUAUAAAUAAAAGUAUAUAAUAUAUAAUAUAUAUUAUAUAUUAUAUAGUUUAUAUAUAUGCAUAAUACUGUUUGGUGCAGUACUGUCCAUCUCAAACUUCCAGAUAUGUAUUCAUCAAAUAGUUCCCUCAAUGGAAAUAACCUAACAUUUUCCUCUAAUUCACCUUUUUGUUCCUUUGAAAGCAACUCAACUUCAUCAAAAGAUGAUCACAACAUUCAUUCCACUUUUCCUCUCACUCCUAAUUUCUCUUUCUUUCAAUUUCCAUAUUCUGAUCCAUUUGAAGACAGCCAAAUUUUCCUCCAACAGCAACAGCAACAUGAUGUUGAUUUUCAGCUUCAUCAACCACCUAUAGAGAUGAAUAACAACAACAGUACUACUGCUGAUGAUCAGGAUCAGGCUUCGAAGAAUUCGAUAACCGAUGCCAACAACAAAGAUAUUGUUAAUAGUCUUGUACCUGCAGAAGGUGUUUCUGGUAAAGGCAAAACUGUAGCGGUUCAGCAGAUCCAAAGGAGAAGAUCUAGCAAGAGGGAUCGACACAGCAAGAUAAAAACGGCGAAAGGACUGAGGGAUCGGAGAAUGAGACUGUCGCUCGAAGUCGCGAAGAGGUUCUUCGGUCUUCAAGAUAUGUUAGGAUUUGAGAAAGCAAGCAAAACUGUGGACUGGUUACUCAACCAAUCAAAAGAUGGAAUCAAACAACUUGCAAGGGAAAAGAAUAUUCACUUUCCGAGUAAGAGUUCAUCUUCAACUUCUGAAUGUGAAGGAGUUUCAAGCUUGGAAUACAAUGAAGUUGGAAACCAAGAAGAAGAAAAAGUGGUUUUGAAGAAAAGAAGAAAAGGUACUAACAAGGUUUGUAGAAAGAGUGCAUUCAAUUCCACUGGUAGAGAAAAAGCAAGAGAAAGAGCAAGAGAAAGAACAAAGGAAAAAAUGGAAGCUAGAACUAGAACUAGAAUAUCACUGGUUGAUGAAACAAACUCAAAGCAAUGCAAUGAAGGAAGAACAAAAACUAACCUCACAUGGAACCCCUUUGAAACUGUGGUGGAAUCUGCAGGUACACAAACUGUGAAUUAUCAUCCUCAUCCUUCAUUUGAUCAUGUGAAGCUGAUAAAUAAUGAAGCAGAAGAUGAAAGAACCUCUCAAAAAGCAAAGGAACAUCAUUCACAUUCACAUGAAGAUAAUUCUUUGUUCAAUAUGAGCAAAUGGAGUCCAACAAUGAUGUUCAACUCUCUCAACAACUUUCAAGAACAUCAAUUUGAACAAUUUCAUCAGUCUUUGGAAAAACCUUGGGAUGGCUACAACAACCACUUCUAACAUGUACUUGCACCCAUUAUCAUCAUCAUCAUCAUCAUCAUCAUCUCCUUUUUGUGUGUCAGGUUCAGAAUAAAAUGCAUUAAUUGCUGUGUAUUUCCUUGCUUUCCUUUUGGAAUGUAAUGUGGUGAGGUAUCUUCAGAAUUUUGGAAACAAAAUUUCAUGAAUAUUGUUGUUGUG